UUUCCAAGAAACAAGAAAAAACAUUUCUUGUUUUCCAUAUUCCUCUCGCUCUUUACUAAACCCCUCUCUAACUCUCUCUCCCUCUCUCCCUCUCUCUCUCUCUCUCUCUCUCUCUCUCUCUCUCUCCCUACAUCAAAAUUCAGUCCUAAACAAAUGAAAAAAUGAAUCCAAAUCAGCAAAACCCUGUUGAUCCAGACCAACCUCAACUCCCAACGAUCAAGAUCCACCACCCAUCCUUUCCUCGCCACACCGACCACCCCCAUCCACCAACCGUCGCCAUUGCCACCCCUACCGCCAGCGACCGCCGCAAGAUAGCCGUCGUUGUCGUCCAUCACUAUAUCCGUCUAGGUGACGUCGUUAUUCUCCUCCAUGUCAGCCCUACCUUUAUGCUUUUCGGCGCAGAUUGGGGCCCACUCCCUCUUUCCACGCCUAAGCACAAAGAUAAAGACAGUAGCAACCCUUAUUUUAACAAUGAUAACGAGAAUGAGAGUGAAUUAUCAAAAUGACAGAUUGAAGAAGACUUCGAUACGUUUAUAGCGACAAAAGCCGGGGAGAUAGCAAAACCGUUAAAAGAAGCACAUAUACUGAAUAAGAUACAUAUAGUAAAAGAUCAAGAUAUGAAAGAGAGACUGUUUUUGGAGGUUGAGAGAUUAGGAUUAAGUGUUGUGAUUUUGGGAAGUAGAGGUUUUGGUGCUGUUAAAAGAGGUAGUGAUGGACGGUUAGGUAAUGUCAGUGAUUAUUGCAUUCACCAUUAUGUUUUUCCUGUCGUUGUCGUUCGAUAUCUUGAUGAUAAUAAUAAGGAUGAAGAAGAAACUGUCAUUAAUGUUCCUGUUGAGGAGGAUGUUGAUGAUGCUGCUCAAAAUGGUGAAUUGUUAAUGAUUCUUUGGUUGUUAUCAUUAUGUUUGCUUUUAUGUGGCUGCUGCAUGUGAUUGUUUGAUGGCUGAAUUGGUCUAAUUGCAAGUUGCAUAUGACUAAAAUGCAGGCGAGUCAAAAGGAUUCGGCGAUGUCUGCUUAUUUUUAUGAUUAUUGAUCUUUGUGCUGUAAUUGAUAUUGAGAACUGGAGAAAUGCUCGCCUAUGAUUAGCUGAAGCAACAUGUAUUAUAUAGAUGAGAGCUGUAUUGGAUAAACUGGUUAUAGUUGUGGAUGAAGAUGCAAUUGGGUGGUCACUUUGGUUUUUGAUUUCUAAUAGGCUUGUCAUGUCAAAUAUGAGUCUUGACCUUGAAAUGAGACUAUAUGAUUUUCUUUUGUGCCUAUUUAGUAAUAUGUUCCAUGUUGAUGAAAUAUCCUAACUGUUUAGUGGACUUUAAAUGGGGAGUGAUUUGUCUAGAUCAUGUAUUUAUGACAGCAAGAGUUGUCUUUUUAACAGUGAACAGUUCAUCAACAUCUUGUGUUAUUGAGAAGUGUCCCUUUAUUAUUCA